AUGAAAGGGUCCAUAGUUCAACGACAAUUCGCGAGGGUAGCUCGGGCAACUGUUGCAAAAACUGUGAAACCUAUACCCAGUUAUGUGCACGGUGUCUCAAGUACUCCGCUUAUACAUGAUACAGUGGGUGAUCGCCUUCUACAGGCCGUUGAAGAAGUGCCGGAUAAAGAACUCGUCUACUUCCGACACCAGAAAAUUCGCAAAACUUAUGAGCAAUUCUACUACGAUGUACGCAAGCUGGCCCGGGGAUUUCUUCGAAUGGGACUUGUGCCGGGUGAUCGAAUUGGAAUGUGGGGUCCGAAUUACUACGAAUGGAUUUGCACACAAUAUGCCGCAGCUCUAGCUGGCAUGAUACAGGUGAAUGUGAAUCCAGCCUACCAAGCGGAAGAGUUGAAAUAUGCAUUGAACAAGGUUGGAGUCCGUGCCUUGGUUACACCAAGAAACUUCAGAAAAAGCAACUAUUAUGGAACGUUAGAAAAGCUGAUCCCUGGACUGGACUCGUCUCCGUUAGGCGAAGGGAUGGUUCGAUCAAAAGAAUUGCCUCAUCUGGAGCACUUGAUCAUGAUCUGUGAACCGACAUCUUUACCUGGAGCCUGGAAUUAUUCGGAUGUUUUCGAAUCGGGGACAAACGAUGAAGAGAGACAACUUGAGAAAAUCGAGGCUCGAAACGGACCCGACACACCAGUCAACAUACAAUAUACUAGCGGAACGACGGGCUACCCAAAAGCGGCCACUUUAACUAAUCACAACAUUGUCAACAAUGCGUACUUGACAGGACUUGCCACCAAUUAUCACAUUGGGGAGCAUCGUUUAUGCAUCCCGAAUCCAUUAUAUCAUUGUUUUGGAUGUGUAAUGGGGACUCUGAAUGCCGUUGUCCACAAACAAUCAAUCGUCUUUCCUGAUGCUUGGUUUAAUCCUGGUCCCACUUUGGAUGCUGUAGAAGAAGAGAAAUGUACGGCUCUUUACGGGACACCGACGAUGUUUGUGGAUGUCUUUAAACAUGGAAUUGAAGGGAGAGAUUUAUCCUCGUUAAGAUCAGGGUACAUUGCCGGAUCACCGUGCCCAGUGGCUCUUUGUGAACGAAUGGUCAAUGAAUUGGGACUAGUUGAUUUGGCUGUUUUGUAUGGGUCUACUGAGUUAUCGCCAAUUGUGACCGUCUCCCGUCUUUCCGAUCCCCCACUACAUAGAAUUCGAAAUGUUGGCUACGUAUCAGCUCAUACAGAAUUAUGUGUCGUCGAUAAAGAGGAUGGCAUUGUGCCGCGUGGUGUAAAAGGAGAGCUUUUAGCAAGAGGUUACAUGUUAAUGUCCGGCUAUUUCAACGACGAGGAAAAGACGAAAAAAGAAAUCACCUCAACAAGAUGGUAUCAUACCGGAGAUACAGCGAUUAUGAAUGAGGAUGGAGCAAUUUCAAUCGUCGGGCGAACAAAGGAUAUGAUUAUUCGAGGAGGCGAGAACAUAUAUCCAACGGAAAUUGAGCAAUUCAUGUUUCGACUUCCAUACAUGGCGGACGCGCAAGUGAUCGGGGUGCCAGAUGAGCGCUUUGGUGAGGCGGUAUGCGCUUGGGUGAUGUUGAAAAAUGGGUUCGAUAACGUAACGCCUGAGCAAAUCAAAAAUGAUUGUCGAGAAAAGAUGGCUCACUACAAAGUACCCGCUUAUAUUUGCAUCAAGAAACAAGAAGAUUUCCCGGUGACUGCUACAGGAAAAAUUAGAAAGGUUGAAAUGCGAGAAAUUGCGAGGAAAGAGUUGGGAUUGGAAAAUAUCAAGGGAUCCUUCGAU